AUGCCCUCGGAGCGCAGGGACGUCCUGGUGCUACUCCCCACGCGGGAACGGCUGCGGCUGGCCGUGGGGGUGCAGGCCGCCGGGCACGAGCUCUUUCAGCAGGUGUGCGACCUGGCCGGCAUCAGAGAAGCCCACUUCUUUGGCCUCAGUGUGAUAAGAAACAGCGAGCAUGUCUUCAUGGAUUUGGAGCAGAAACUCAGCAAAUACUUCUCAAAGGACUGGAAGCAAGAACGGCAUAGAGGAAGUGGCAGGCCUGGUGCCCCCUUCGUGGCCUUCCUCAGGGUGCAGUACUACGUGGAAAACGGAAGGCUUAUCAGCGACAGGGCAGCCAGGCACCUGUACUACUGCCACCUGAAGGAGCGGGUGCUGCGGUCCCAGUGCACCCACCGGGAGGAGGCCUACUUCCUGCUGGCUGCCUACGGGCUGCAGGCCGACUUGGGCAGUUACCGCGAGCAGGCACACUCGGGCCGCUACUUUGAGCCGCAGGCCUACUUCCCACAGUGGAUCAUCGCCAAGAGGGGCAGCGCCUACAUCCUCAGGCACGCGCCCACCCUGCACCGUGAUCAGCGGGGCCUGAGCACCAAGGAGGCCGUGCUACGCUUCAUCCGGGAGGCCUGCCGGCUGGAGGACGUACCCGUCCAUUUCUUCAGGCUGUACAAGGAUAAGAAGGAGGACCGACCUACCAUUGUCCUGGGACUGACCCUCAGAGGAGUACAAGUCUAUCAGGGCAAGAAGUUUGAGCUCUGGCCGGACGGGCUGCCCGCGGCCCGGAAGCUAGUGUACCGCACUGGCUGUUCCCGGCGCUCCCGCCACCUGCUGCACCUGCUCAGCACCAGCCACCAGCUGCACCUGACCCUGCAGCCCGCGCUGCAGCAGCUGCGGCAGCUGGAGGAGGCCCAAGAGAAGUGCUACCGGGAGUCCUGCGUCAGCGACGAGCUGGAGCUGGAGCUGGGCCCGGCCAGCAGGGCGCCCCCCGGCUCCCCUGGCAGCGGGGACAAUAGGGACGGAGGCUGGCAUCCCCCGCACCGCCUCUUACUCCUCUCGUCUGGCAGCCACUGCAGCUCCCACUCAUCGGGCAUCGAGGCCGACUCCCAGCUGGCAGGGCCCGUGGAGCCCGGGGAGAUGUCGGUGGAUGAGCCUGUCGUCGGGGCUGCAGCGCUCCACGGGGAGGAGCUGCCCAGCAGCUCCAGCACCAGCCAGAGCAGCCGUGGCACAGUUGGUGGCGGCAGAGGUGGGCCUGCGGGCGACACCCGGGACCAGGGGGAAGGGGCCCCUCCACCACAGGGCCUGGGACCAGAGAAGGGAGGACAGGGCCCUCCCUGCAAGACGUGGUGGCUGGUGGUCCUUCAGUCCCCCUGCCGCUGGUAA